AUGGGAAGUACAUUUAAUCCACAAAUAUUGAUGGAGAAGCUGGCUAAGCUCAAUAGCUCACAGCAGAGCAUUGAGAGUAUCCUACUUAAAUGUAUUUGCACAAAUAUAUUUGUCUUAAUAUUCAUAAUUGUUAUAUAAGUUUUUUAGUUACCUGGUGGAGUUUUUUUAGUGAGAAUUAAUAGUUGCUCAAUGAGGGCCUAUGGAAGAGGAAUUUAGAACAAGAUAUUUUUUCAUUUUCUGGUCUUCUUUCCUACAUUAUCUACUUUAAAGUUUCAUUAUCUUGGAAAACUUAAAAAGGGUUUCCCUAGGGUUUAGGGUUUAAGGUUUAGGAAAGGAAUGAACAAAAAACAAGCAAGGUAAUGGAAUUAGUCAUUACACUUCACUAUUUUUGAAAAAUAACAAAAGAUACUUGAAUUGAAGUUUUGAAAUUUAUUAAAGAGUAAAUUACACGAAUGGUCCCUAUGGUUUAGGGUAAUUUGUGUGUUCGGUCCCAAACUUAUUUUUUUAACUCGGAAGGUCCCUACUGUUUGUUUUUGUUAUGCACUUGGUCCCUGUCUUACCUAAAAAAGACUAUUUUGUCAUUGAUUUUUUAAUUUAUUUAAAAAAGCACACCCCCAAUCCCACCCCUCACCUUACCUUACCUACCCCACCAUUUUUCCCUAUUUAAAUAAUAGUCUUGUUAGGUAAAACAGGGACCAAACGCAUAACAAAAACAAAUAGUAGGGACCUUCCGAGUUAAAAAAAUAAGUCAGGGACCAAACACACAAAUUACCUGAAACCAUAGGGACCAUUCUUUUAGUUUACUCUUUAUUAAAAGCAUUGUUGUUAAAGAUAAUCUAUUUUAAUUACUUAUAAUUAUAAAAUAUCAUUUCAUCUCAUCAAAGAAUGAAAAAAAACACCAAGCGCCAUGUAACGAAAAUCAUCUGGGUAAAAGGAAUCACAUUUCGUGAGGAAUGUUUCAUACCAAACACUACCUUUUGUUGAUCAAGGAGGAUGGAAUUGGAAAAGAAUGAAAUUGUGAUGUUUUCCUUAAUAAUGAAUGACAUAAAGCUUUGUCACAUUGGUGUAUAUUUCACAUGAACAAGGCAAAACAAGUUGUUGAAACAUGGGAAAAACAAUUCCGAUGUUCCCCACGUGAUCAACGCGUAGCUUUUUUAUAUCUUGCAAAUGAUAUACUGCAAAAUAGUAGGCGAAAGGGUUCCGAGUUUGUUGGAGAGUUCUGGAAAGUUCUUCCGGAUGCACUUCAUGAUGUCAUGGAUAACACCGAUGAUUCCGGAAAAAACGCGGCUUUACGCCUGGUAUGUUGCUUUACUUUUAUGCUCAUGUUUCACAAAAUUUAAAUGCCUUUUUUUUUUGUUUUUAAAUAUAAAUUUACUUAAUGGGUUAUGGGUUAUGUAAUAUGUAAUCACUUAAUAUGGAGUGGAGAGCCAUAUAUGGUUGUUUCUUUUUUACUUAUUUUGGACAAAAUGACUUAAUGGGUUAAGCCAAAAAAUCCGGCUUAAUAUUUGGAUACUUACCCUUUAGUCCUUUAUGUAUUUGGUCUUAGUUCUUUCUUCCUCCCAACUCCUAUCAUGUUCCCCAUUUGUGGUUUUAAGAAUGCUAAUUUUUGAACUGUUUUCUUGUACAUUUUUGAAUAAUAAAAACAGUAUUAAUCAUAUACUCAUAUUUUUACCAUUGUAUCUGAUUAAUACUGUUUUCUUUUUUUCAAAUAUGUAAAAGAAAACAGUUUAAAAAUUAGCAUUCUUAAAGUCACGAGGGGGGAACAUGAUGGGAGUUGGGAGGAAAAAAGAACUAAGAGGAAAUUGUAUUGAUAAAUUAAAUAAUAAGAUUAUAAAAUAUUUAACUAACUAAUAAGAUGAUAAAAAUGUGAAUUUUUUUUAAUAAAAUAUUCAACUUUGAAUUACAUAAUUUUCAACAAUUAAAAAAGUUAUUGUUGGUAAUUAGUUUUAAAACUGAAGUCAUUUAUGAUCAAAGCUAAUUCAAAACCUUCUUAACUCAACAUAUUAGAUAGAGUUGAGAAUUUUGCUCAAUCAAAACAAUUCUCAACUAUUAUGUUUGGUUUAAAAUAUCAUUAAUGUUAUUAUACAAUCUCGGGUUCAAUUUGAGUUACUAAUCAUAUUUUGAUUGAAUAUAAGAACAUUUGCAUUAUAAUUUAUAGAAAAUAGUAUGCGACCCUAAACAGUUCCCAAAAACAAUCAUUUGUAUACGGAAGGGUAAAAUGGUCAUUUACCAAGAUUCAGAUAGUUCUUCCGGUCUAAAAAUGAAAUAGUCUAUAUGUAUACAUCACUUCAUCCACACAUACAACAUUACCAAUUCAACCACUUUAUCCAUACAGGACUUGAUAAAAAAUAAGAAUCAAGCCCUAAAAUUGAUAUUUCUUUUUCUAUUUUCUAUUUUCUAUUUUCAUAUUUUCAUUUGCCUACAAGCAGAUAAAAAUUUGGGAAGAAAGAAAAGUUUUUGGGUCACAGGGGCAAAUUCUGAAAGAGCUUGUUGGAAGGCAUGUAGAAAGUAGUAACAGAAAUGAGAAGCACACGGGGUUAAAAUUGGUAUUUUGCAAGUUCCUCUCUUCCUCCGUGUUUCUGUAUAAAUAUUUUGUUCUUUUUUAUGUUUGAGGAUAAGAUUUCUUGUUUAUUCGUAUGUGGUCAGCAACAGUCAGCUGGAAAUGCAUUGGAUAAGAUAGUGUCAGGGUAUCAAAUCAUUUAUGGAGGUCAACUUGAUGAAGAUGCUACGAUUAGCAAAUGCAAAAAUACUAUCACCUGCAUUGAAAAAGUGGAGCAAGGAAUUGGUGGUGAUGUUAGAUCUGGUAUGUUCUUCAAAUGCAUGUUAAAAAGUGGUUAGAUUACUCAAUUUCCCUUUAUAAUUUAUGGUUUGACCUUUGUAAGAUAGUGCCAUGUUAGGAAUUGGUGAAUGAUUUAAUCACAUAUGUGAUAUGAACCGAAACAGAUGAUGCACGUAACCAAUGAAAAGCAAGCUAUCAUCAUAAUUGAUGAGAAAACUAAAGGCCCUAUAUUUUACAGCAACCUAGUUUAAAAGAUAAAUCAAAUUUGAAAUAAAAUAAAAGAUAACUCGUCUUCGGCUACUAACAAAAUUUGGAGCAUUCUAUCGAUGCAUUGAUGCUCCCUUUCAUCACAUUGGAAACAUAAUCCUUUUUCCUUUUGUCUUCAUCAGCCUUCAAAAUUGCCCCCUAAGUUGGCCACUAGAAGUAACAUUAGUAUCCACCAGCCCCUUUCCAUGAUCGUGAAAGACUCAUACUUACUUGGUUUUCAUCUCACAUGAUAGCUAUCCUCAUAGCAUGAGUUAGGCUUUUUGGUUCUAGUGAUUUGGUCUGAAUAUAUAUAUAUAUAUAUAUAUAUAUAUAUAUAUAUAUAUAUAUUAUAUAUAUAUAUAUUGUUUUGGUAGUUUGAUCAUAUUUACACGAAAACGGGAUCGAGGAUCGGUAAUAUAUAAAAUUCGGUACAAGGGGGGUAGUCUUCUCCAGAACGCUAUUUCGGUAUGUACCAUGUAAUGUGGUAUAACGUAUCAUAUAUUACUAACAUAUAUAAUAAUAUAAAUAUAAAAGCAUACUAAAUGUAGAAUUGAUGAAUUAGGAUCGUUAAAAUUUAAAAUAUGGUGAUAAAAAAAGAUUGGGUAAUUGAUUUUGGAUUCUCCAUACGUAAUGACUAAUGAUCAUGCCUUUUUUUUAGCCAUUUGGGUUCCUAAAAUUUGGAGCAAAUGUUUCACCUGCUCAUGCCUUUUUUUUUUUUUUUAUUUUUUAUUUUUUUUAUUUUUUAAUAUAAUUAUUUUUAACCUGCAUUUUUCCACAAUCGUGUUCCAGAAAUUAAUGGGUCGUCGGAUUCGACCUCUCGAAUCGCGUUCCACACUGAUAUAGGAUCGAAAUUUAAGCAACUCGGGAUCAUCCUAUUAUGCGAUUGGAUCGCGAUUUAUUAUGUGAUUUGAUCGUUAUUGUUCCCGUUUCUGGAACGUGCGACCCGGAACGAAAAAUGUGGGAUGGGGAGCGAUCCUAGUAUCUUUGAGUUUGAUAAUAUUUAUAAAAUAUUCAAAUAGUUGCACAAGUUUGUAGACAAAUUUGGAAAUGCGUUCUUUCUUUGCACUAAUCUUUGUACCUAAUUGUUUGAUGGUGUGGCCUCGACCAACGUUCACUGUUGGAGGCCAUCUUCUACACUCUCUUAUCCUGCCAAAGAAUGUAUUAAGCAUGAUUUUGAUGAUGUUAGAUGGAAGCCUAAGUCUCAACUAUGCCCCUACAUACAAGUGAAGGAUUCGUAGUCGUCAAAAAACAAGUGAUGAAAAUGAAAUAGCAAAGAAAUUUCGUCGAAACACAUUAGAUAAAGAAUUAAGAGAAGUUGAGAGUGAAUUAUAAAAGUUGCAAAGUCGUUGAAUGAAAUAAAUAAUAUUGAUGAUGAGAUGAUUGUUUAUAUGGAGAAGUUGGGAAAAAAAUGGUGUGGGAGAAUUUGAUCCAAAAUAGGAAACGACUCUUUUGCUACUAGGUGAAAGUGUUAGAAAUUAGAAAAGUUUGGUUACACCUUGAGCUAUCGUGUUGCAAGUCGUGGGUGAGAAAUGCGAGAAGAAAGUUUAGAGUAUUCAGAUUGCUUUUGGAUUUUUUUGUAUCACUUGAUUUACUUUUAGAUGUGUUUUGUCUGACUUUCACAAUCUAUUUUGGAUGACUUUUAAAUCCAUAAUGUUCAAAAGUAAUCCAAAAAUAACCGUAUCAUAUAACAUAUAAAUCCAUAACAUAAAAUUUAAAAGUCAUACCAAAAAAAUCUUGAAAGUCAUAUAGAAGUCAUCUAAAAGUCAAUGAAAUUUAACUUGGAAAGUUAACAAAUAUCAUCCAGAAGAGAUCUUGAAAGUUAUACAAAAGUCAUCUAAAACUAAACCCAAAUUCAUGCAAAAAAAAAAAAAAUAAUAAUAAAUAAAGAUCCAAAAGCAAUCCAUAUGAUCCAAACUUCAUUUUUGCAUUUUUCACCCACGAUUCCAACAUGACGGCUCAAGGUGUAACCAAACUUUUUCUAAUACCGACACUUCCUCUGAAAGCAAAAAGAGUCAUUUCGUCUUUCGGAUCAGAUUCUCCCGCUACAUUUUUUCCAACUUUGUCAAUAUUUUUUUCUACUAAGAACUUCACAACUUUGAUAAUUUCAUUCCAACUUCGUUUUCCUCACUUGUUUUCUAUCGACCAAAUGAUUUUUCACUUACAUAUAGGGGCUUUGUUGAGGCUUGGGUUUCCAUAUGAAUGCACUUAACAUUAUCUAAAUCAUGCUUAGUAAGUUCUUCGGCGGGAUGAGGGAGUGUAGAAGAUGGCCCCCUAACUGUGAUCGCACUUGUCAAGGUCGCCCCAUCAAAUAAUUGGGAACAAAGAUCAUGGCAAAGGAUGAACACAUUUCUCAAUUUGUCUACAAACUUGUUUAACUGUUUGAAAAAUUAUAAAUAUUAUCAAGCUAUUAAAACAAAAUAAUCGUAUUUAAUAAAAAGGUUACCUUCGUCUUUGAAUACCACCAUUCAUUAGUCAUAUUGGAAGUGUUGUAGGAUUAUAAAAUUUCUCGAUUUUGUUUUUCAGUUUCAACCAAACAACUUACUUUGCUUUUAAGUAGUCAACAGAGAUUUUUCCUUUGUUUUGGUCAAGUAUAAAAAUUAUGUCCGUAUUUUAUUUUUUAUGCUACUACUUUCCAUGAGCUUCCUUUUAAGCCAUUGCCUUCUCAACCAUUGUUACUAGUUCAUGUAUGGAUUAUUUGAGAAAAGUUUUAUUCACACAUUCCAACUUCCAACUAACUCUAGGUCUCUAUUCUAUCAUAUAUAGAAUAAAAGAUUCAAUAAAAACUAGUUAGUUUUCAAGUACUGCUACUUUCAAAAAAUAAAAAUUAACCAAACAACAAUGUUUAAUAAUUCAUGUAGCUAAUACUCAAUCAACCAAUUAACCAAAUCAACAAUGUUUAAUACUUCAUGUAGCUCAAACACCAAUCAACCAGUUAGCCAAAUCACAAAUGUUUAAUAAUUUCAUGUAGCAAAAAUUAACCAAACAACAAAUUUUUUGCUAAUACCCUAUCACCAAUCAACAAUCAAAUUCAUGCAGAUUCAUGUAUUUGGAACAAUCAACCAAAACAAAUACAAUGAAAGGCAAAAGGUAUGCAGUCUGUGGACAACAUCUGCAGACCUAUGCAGUAGAAGAGGUGGACCAAAUGUCUUCAGACUGCAAUAAAAAGACUGUUUGUUUUUUAACGUCUGCAUGCUAUUAAAGUAAACUGAAGUUUAAAUAAACUGAUUUUUUAAACAUAAAAAAUAUCACGACAAACUAAAUUUUUCAUUAACUCUAACUUAAACACCUAUGUAAAACAUACAACUAAUUCAUGAAUAUAAAACAUACAACCGAUUUACAUGUUUUUAUGAGCAUUUUCUCCAUUUUACCCAUUUGACCCAUGUCUUUCACUUUAAACUUUCCAUACACAAUCGAUAUGAAUAUACAAUAUCCUAUCUUAGAAUUCGUGUGACAUUGUAUUGAUUUUUCUGUCUUUGUUUUUUUUUUUUCUGUCCCCCUUCCAAAUGGGAAAAAAAUCAGCUCAAGUUAAUGGGUUGGGUGUUGUGGAAGUGCUCAAGGGGCAUCAUGCUACAUUGAGAGAUUGCAUUGAGCAACUAUCAUCUGUAGAAUCAUCUAGAAUUAAUCUUGUUUCUUAUCUGCGAGAGGCUCUUCAGGAGCAGGUAUAUUCGUAUCCAAAAUCUCUGUUCCUUUUGAAUUUUUACAAGGGCUAAAUGCAAAAAAAUACCCUAAAACUUUCAUUUAUUUGUCAAUACAACAUUGUAUUUUCAGUUCUUUUCUUAUUUAGACAUCGUGCUUUGAACAAUCUAAACCAAAUGUCCUAUGAAAAAUCUACCCAAUUUUAGAAAUAGAAUGCUGUAAUAAUCAAAUAUCUGAAAGUACGUUGCUUUUUCUUGCACUUUACCCUUUUUUAUAGAGUUUAGGGUGUUUCUGAGAGAGGAAUGCUGUGGUUUUCUUGUUUUCAGGAAAUGAAGCUGGAUCAAGUCCGAAAUGAACUCAAGGUACAAUCUAUAUAUAUAUAUAUAUAUAUAUAUAUAUAUAUAUUUGUAUGCAAAUUGGUCUUUAAUUAGUGAUUAUUGGUGCUUUCUUCUAAAUCAUAAUCAGAUCCCAAAAUUUGAAGCCUUUUGACACGUUCAUGAAGAUUGCACAUACAUGAUAUUACCAGAAUUUGUAGAAACAGAAACUUUUAGUUAAUUGAUUUAAGACUAAAUUACAGAUUUGGUCCCUGUGCUCAAGAAAGGAAUCUGUUUGCAAUUUUGGUUCUUAUUUUAUGGUUUAUAACACUGUUGAUUUCAUCUUCUUCCUCAACAAAAUCAAAAUUCAACCACCAAAAUUGCAAAAAGACCACAUUUUAGACCUAAACCUAAAAAAGAGAAAAAGCUCAGGGACAAAAUUGCAAAAAUUGCAAAAAUGGUUCCUGUGGGUUAUCAUUUUCUCUGGGUAAAUAAAUUAAAACUGAUAAAAGAAAAUUGAAAAAUAAUAAUAUAAAGGGCAGAUUAGUCAUUUAAAGUUUGACAGGGACCAAAUAUGCAACAAAAACCUGCGAAAGGACCAUAUCUACAAUUUUGACAUGGUUUGGACUUUAUCCAAAGAAAAUGACAAACCACAGGGACCAUUUUUGCAAAUUUGUCAAUAUUAUUACAUGACUUGUUCUUGAAAAUAUAUUUUGCAUGUUUUUGUCCUUGUCUGUAACUUAUCUGCCCUGUGGUUCACCCCAUGUAAAUGACAAGGGUAAAUUUGUCUUUUUACACGCUGGACUUUUAAGUUAGACCCUCGAUGAGGUCGAGGACAAUAUCGAUAAUUUCUACUAUCCCAUAUACGUGAAUUUCAUUAAUUUCUUUUUAUUAUAAUUGUUAUAUACUUAUUUAAGUAAGUUCACCCUAUUUUCAUGUUUUCAGGCUGCACAUAAACAAUCAGAAAAAACCGAUAAUUUCUGCCGCCAGUUAAUGAAUCCCAGUGCCACCAAAUUACUCCCGGAGCAGACCACAACCACCACCACCAAACCCCACAAUUACAUUCCUGGAACCGGAGAACAGUCUGCAGCGGUAAUGUACACACACCAAGUUCCAAUCACCGAGGAGGAAACCACCAAAUCUGCCGCCGCCGAAGUGGCGGCAAAGCUCACCGCCUCCACAUCAUCCGCCGAGAUGCUCUCUUACGUCCUCUCUUCCUUAGCAUCCGAGGGCGUUAUCGUAAAUUCCACUCCAGAAUCCUCCUCAAACAACCACCCUCCCGAAAAACGAGCCAAGAUCGAGACAACCGACCACCACUACCAACCACCGCCACCAUCAUCUCCGCCACCUCUGCUACCUAUGCCGCCAAUGCAAGCUUACCCGCUGCCGCCGUUCAUGGUGGCGGUACCGUAUAACUAUAACCAGCAAGCACCACCGCCUUUGCCGGGGUAUCCCACCGUUGGGCCGCUAAUCAACAGUGGCUCUUCAUACACACCGGCGGUGGUGCCGCCACCACCUGGCGGUUACCAGAAUUAUCAAAUGGAAGGUGGGUACACUAGCCAACCGAUGGCACCGAUGUCUAGACAGUAG